AUGCCUAGUUACCGCCGUGUCGCGUUAGCCUUGAGGAGCUGGAAAAAAUUGUACAAACACAAGCGCAGCUUCUACAGCUUCGGCGUGGUUUGCAGUGUUGCAUUUGCCCUGGGCAGCCAUGACAACAACGCACGUCCUUGGUUUCUACAGCUACAGCGCGGCGUGGUGCAGAAUCGGCUCGUCUUCGGUUUCGAUGGUGCAAACAUGUGUGAUGCGUGGCACAAUGAAAAGGCGGCCUUUGUGAACGCCCACAAGUUCUGUAGAUGCUCGGCACAGUUUGCGCUCGAGUUGUUUCUGUGGCGAGCCUCUCGCUGGGACGAUGUGCCUGACUGUGGCCUGACGUCGCCCGCUAGCUUCGCUAAUGGCUGGGGUUUCGUGGCAUCCACUGCGGGGAAAACAGUGUUUGCGGCCAGCAAGACUCCGAUGUGGUUCACAAAACAUGCUUAA